GCUCGCAUGGCGCUGGAUAAGGGCGCCAGGGCUGUUAUCUUUGACGUCAGCGACGACACCAACGCUGCUGCUGAGUUUCAAGAAACGGACUCCCUUCCUCGUCCAGUUGUGCUGGUGAACGGUGAGAAUGCAGAGAAACUGAUGGGUUUGGUCAACAAGAACGAGGAAGCCAAUGUUGUUAUUGAGAUCAAGGUGGAGCCCAAGUGGCCACAUUAUGACGUGAGCAUCCUGCUCACCAUCGUCCUCGUCAUUCUCACCAUCGUCCUAAUCUUUGCUCUACGCUACAAGUGCAAGCCCAACAGAACCUGGGACUCUGUCCAUCAGCAGACCAUGCGGGCCAUUAGUCGCCUGGAGACCAGAACCUACCGCUCCCAGGGCUGCUCGGGCUCACAGCGCCACCACGGGGCCUGGGGCUCAGCCAGCAGCUCCAACUCCAGCCCCGUCUGUGCCAUCUGUCUGGAGGAGUUCCAGGAGGGGCAGAACCUGAGGAUCAUCUCCUGCGCUCAUGAGUUCCACAGAGAGUGUGUGGACCCCUGGCUGCUGCAGCACCGCACCUGCCCCCUGUGCAUGCACAACAUCAUGGGAAUGGAGCGCCAGUCUCAGAGGAGCAGGCCCCAGCAGAGUUCAGAGCAAAGCCAGAGCUUCCUGCACCCGCAGCCUUACAGCAGCUCGCACAGCCACCCCUUCCCCCAGCACACCAUCCCCUUCUCCAUGAGGCCCCAUUAUCCCCGUGGGCCCUCUGGACCCUAUCCCAGUCUGGGCCACUACAGCGGCUCCUCUCCUGUGGACAGUCAGACGCUGCACUUCCUCCGCAGCAGGCAGCUGGGUGCAGGCUGUGGGUUCCACCUUCCUGUGGAUGUAACAGGGAGGUCCCACAGAAUUGGAGGGAACUGCAGGACUUCCUCCCACCACUACCCGUCCCGCAGGUCCUGCCACAACUACCGCUCUUCUUGUCCAGCCCAGCGGACCUCAUCCGGCUCAAGACCACAGCACAGUGUCUCCGUCCCACCGCAGGGCCGUGGUGCAGCGGCCCACAGCCGGCAGGACGAGGGGAGCUGCUCUGGUGGCAGCUACCACACGGAGCGCAGUGGCUACAUGGCCGAUGGGCCGGCGAGUGACUCCAGCUCAGGACCUUGCCAAAGCUCCUCCAGUGACUCGGUCCUCAACUGUACGGACGUGUCCCUGCAGGGAGUUUACGGCAGCUGGUCCACGUUCCGUAGCUCUCUGAGUAGUGACUAUGAUCCAUUUGGGUACUACGGGGCGGGUCCUGGGCGGUCCCCGCGCAGGAACAGCCUAGAGGCUGCUGCCCAGACUCGACCCAGGUCUCUGGACUCUGUGGUGAACAAAGAAGGCUGCCUUGAAGAACAGCCACAGACUGUUUUCAAUCACAUCCACUACCAUCGCCACAGACACCACCACUACGAGGAGGGGGAGCACAGCCAGGGCCUGACAAGAGGCUCAGAUGAGGAGCAGGGGGCCGGGGCUGCAGGGGCUGCCCCCGCUGCUCACGUCCUAGAUAAAGACUCCCCUGUGUGUCCCCCGAAGCACAGCCCUUGCCACUGUCCCCAGCCAGAACCCACUGACCGGCCCAGCCCUGGAGCAGAGUGUCAGGACCCCACGGGACCUCCUGUUCUCGUGUCCUCAGUCCCCUUACAGCUGCAGUCCCACUGCUGCCACGGACACCCGCCUGCUCCUUUGGGACGAGUGGCAGGCUGUUUGCUCGAAGGCCCCUCUGUCCGCUUCCAUCAGAGCCUGGACCUGCAGGACGACCGCAGCAUCCACAUCCACUACGGGCAGGGUCCGGCCUUCUGCUGCUCUCCUGCGGAGCUGCACCCGGCCCUGCUCCCCGUGCCUCUCAUUCUGGACUCGGCAGGGAUGGAGGAGUGGCCCUGCUGCACCGGGGCCCACGUCGUGUGGCAGAGGCAGGUGCAGCAGGCCCACUCAGAGCCUCAGCUCAUGGGGCCCAGGACAGCAAUGGACAGGCCGCCCUGCAGGUUCCAUCUCCAAGGACCCGCCGCUGACCGCAGCACGGACAUUUGUUUAUACUGCCAGUCAUUACAGCACAGUCAGGGAUCAGAAGAGGAGUCUGGGGUGUGAGGACUUGUUGCAUCCCUGAAUGCUGCGCAGGAGCCAGAACAGAAGCAAAUAUUCCACCAG